UAAAGGUCAGCAUCAGACAAAUGGCGGAAGAAGAGGAAAGAGUUUUGCAGGAGGAGUUCAGGUGGUUGCUGCUGCACGAGGUUAACGCAGUCUUGAGGCAGCUGCAGUCUGUGCUGCAGGAGUGCAGUAAAUGGUUCCUGCUGCCUGGGUCCACUGAGUCCUGUUUAGUGAAGGCAGAGAAAUACCUCCUCACAAGUGCAACGGGUGCUGACAAUGUGAAGGCAGUCAUCACCCUGUAUGGAGACAACAUCUGCACCGCAGAUAUGAGUGUGAAGAUUCAUCGCCACUCGACGCAGAAUUUCCGCACCAGCUUCAGAGAGGGGCUGCAAUGGAAGCUGCAGGCGAUCCAGAAUGCGGCCAAUCACCUGCAGGCAGCUCUGGAUCAUGUGACCAGCAUCGAGCAGGGCUACCAGUUCCAGACCGGGGAGGAGGUCGUAAAGGUGAUGGAUGACAUCAUGGGUCGGCUGAACCGCGGGCGGGAUUGCCUCACGACGCCUCGCAAGAGAACCCUGGAGGAACUCUACUCCAGCAAAAUUAUGAAAAUGUUCAGUCCAGCUCUUCCCAACGAAGUCAUUGUGAGUUUCCACAUCCACUGCCACAAACUUGUGCUGGGGGCCUACCAAGUACAUCCCCUGCAGAGCAGCUCACAGAAGCCCAAGACAGCCCUGCCUGCUAUCUACCACCCCACAGGAUCUGUCUUUGAGCUGAGUAGUCAGAAGUACGAGGUGGUGCAGGCUAACAAGGUGGAGGUGGCCGUACCGUGGCUGAACGAUGUCAUCACCUACUUCACAGUCGGGCUUCAGCUCUGUCAACAACUCAAGGAUAAGAUUACGGUAUUUCAGCAGUACUGGAAAGACUGAAGAAGAGGUAUCCCAUCAUGCACUUGUGCUGUGGAAGUCACCAUAUUUCAAAACCUGGUGCAAUAUCUUCAGUUUUUUUGUCCACCUUGUUUGCAACUUGACAAUGUUAGUAAUAUUUACAUGUAUGCCCUUUUUGUACAUUUAUUUAUGUGGAAAGCUAUCUUGCAUUUUUUGCACUUUUCAAAGUUUGCCAACGUGACUUUUCACAGCAAAAUCUUGAUUUUGAAUGCAAAGUUAGGAAAGCAAACCUUUUUCGUAUCUUAAAGUGCUUCCAUGAAUUCUAAAGAAAGAUUUUAAGUGUUAGUGCCUGUGAUGUUCCUUGUGUCACAUGGCCAAAAUGUCAGUCUUUUUUUAUACACGACUUUUUGUGUUUUAGUCUUUGAUUAUUGUGAAGACAGUAUACAUGUAGUAUACAGUAACUAUAGAUGUACAAAACAUUCCUCACAGACAUAUAUACAUGUAUAUACAUUGUCACAAAAUUGUGUGCAUUAUUGUAAGGACUUAGUGCUUUAUCUAUGUUACCUAUAGAUACACAGUAUAUAUAUAUUUGUUCUUUGAAAUGUCUGCCUUCUCAGAGUAACAGUGGGAAAAUGUUGUGACUAUAGUUGAAGUAGGUGCACUGGUGAAUUAUUAAGUAGUUGUAGGGCAAUCUAAAAUUACUACAUGUGACUGAGAUAGUGCAAGCUAGGUAGUGCAACUUUGUAGUUCUUGUGAUCUGGUUUCAAAAUACACUCAUCAGGAAGUGUAUAAACAUGAUGUAGAAUUUAUUAUAUAAUUA